GUUCAGUUGAAUUGCGUUCGUCUUUCUAAUCGCACUACAAUGAACGGCAUAAUUUAUGGUGAUCAAAACAUUUUCUUGCCAUCUCAUGGUAAUUUUGGCAGAUACUUAUUGGAUAAUAUUUUAAAAUUUAAGGAUAAAAUUGCUUUGAUAAAUGGAGCCUCCGACGAAAAAAUCACUUUUAUUGAAUUAGCUCAGAGGGCAGUGAAUUUUACAUCCUACUUAAAAGAACAAGGAGUGAAGCAAAAUGAUGUUGUAGCCUUGUGCAGUGAAAACAGGAUAGAAUUUAUGGUGACUGUGAUAGCUGUGUUUUCUUCAGGGGCUACUUUGGCGUGUAUUAAUAACACAUACAGUGAUGAUGAAAUGACACAUUCCCUCGAUAUAGCUAAGCCUAAGUACAUAGUUCUAUCACCCGUAACACAUCAAAAGUAUGAUAAAAUCAUAAAAAGCAGAAAAGAUAUUGAAAAAAUAAUUGUCUUUGAAAAUACCAAGAAUACCGACAUAAUUAAUUUUGACGAUAUAGUCACGAAAAGAAAUGUAGAUGUGAAUACGUACAAGCACGUAGAUUUAAAAGGUGGAACGGCUUUAAUUUUAUAUUCAUCGGGAACAACAGGCCUUGCUAAAGGUGCAAAAAUAACCCAUACUAAUUUAAUAACAUCAGCUCAACAACCACUACCAUCGACUAGAGACCUUAGCACAAUAUUUGUGGCACCCUGGUCUAGUACUAUGGGACUAAUUUGCUCGCUCCGUGAAAUCGUUAAAGGCAAAACCAUAGCAUUUCUUUCAAGGUUCAACGAAAGGCACUAUUUAAAUGCUAUACAGAAAUAUAAGAUAGCAAUCUUAACAGUAGCCCCACCUGUGGUCGUGAUACUUUGUAAGUCGACUAUUGCAAAAGAAUACGAUAUCAGUUCUGUGGAAAUUAUCCAUUGUGGCGGUGCUCCUUUAAAUAAGUCAGUCAUAACGGAACUCAAAUCUAAGUAUCCACAUAUAAAGUAUUUACUGCAGGGGUACGGUAUGACAGAAGCGACGGGUUCAAUCACAGCUGAAACCGAAGAUGAAUUUAAAGAAGGAAGUGUUGGUAAAAUUGUACCUGGAAAUAUAAUUAAGAUAGUUGAUGUCGAGACUCGUAAAAUAUUGGGUCCCGGUCAGACAGGGGAAGUUUGUGUGAAAGGCGCCGCACAGUUCGAUGGUUAUAUUGGAAAAGAUUCUAAAGACGAAUUUGAUGAGGACGGCUUCUAUAAAACUGGCGACAUCGCUUACUACGACGAAGAUGGUUACUUCUACGUAGUCGAUAGAAUUAAGGAACUUAUUAAAUAUAAGGCUUGGCAGGUACCUCCUUCAGAAUUAGAAGACCUGUUACUACAACACCCGGCUGUAAAAGACGCUGCAGUAUCUGCUCUCCCCGAUGUACUCGCUGGGGAACUGCCAAUCGCUUUUAUUGUUAAACAAACAAACGCAAAGGUUACAGAAAGGGAUAUAGUGGAAUUUAUCGAUAAAAAGGUGUCGCCCUGGAAGAGGCUCCGAGGCGGUGUGAUAUUCGUACAAGAGAUACCGAGAACAUCAAGCGGUAAAAUAAUAAGGCGGAAACUACGUGAGAUGUUACCUAAGCUACCAGCCAGCAAGCUUUAGAUACAACUUGAAGACAUUUUAAAUACUAACAAAAAAAAUUAUAUUAUGUAUAAAUUAUGUGUAUAACUCAUGUAAUACGUCAUCGGUCACGUCGAUCGUCGUCGUCGAAAGUGUAGAGAAAUUGAACAGCUUGUCGCGUUAAAAACA